ACAAACUCAAGACAAUUCUGACUCAUCAGAUGAUGAACCACCUGAAGUGUUAGACAUUUGCAAUGAGUCUGACACACGUAAUAAAUUGGAUACAGCAAAAAAGUUAAUAUCAAAAAAAAAGCUUGAAGUUACAAAAAUGAAACAUGCGAAUCAACAGGCUUAUUCACAAAGUGUAAUUCAAAGUAUCGCUUUUCAUCCAAAUGCGCAAAUUGCCAUGACCGCUGGGUUAGAUAAAACAAUACGCUUAUUUCAAAUCGAUGGUAAAAUCAAUCCGAAAAUCCAAUCAGUCGUACUGAAAGAUCUACCCAUUUAUCGAGCAGCAUUCAACGCAAAUGGUAAUGAGAUUAUCGUCACCGGACGGAAAAAAUACUUUUAUAUAUUUAAUAUUGAAGCUGGGAACAUCAACAAAUCUAACGGGAUUUAUGGGUUCCGAGAUAAAUCUCUGGAAAAUUUUUCAAUCUCUCCUUGCGGAAAAUAUAUUGUUUUUGCAGGCAGCAGUGGAUAUUUGGUUUUGGUCAACAAUCGAACUAAGCAAUGGGUCGCAAACAUGAAAAUGAAUGGUACUGUUACAUCUGUUGAUUGGUCUGAUGAUGGUCGAUAUUUGUAUUCAGUUGGAAGUGAUGCAGAAGUAUAUCAAUGGGAUGUUAGUACGCGAAGAUGCGUCCAUCGGUUUAGGGAUGAUGGAGGGUUUAAACCUACGAAGAUAUCAGUAUCGAAGAAUGUUUUACCAAAUCCUAAGCCUUUAAAGUCAAUUAUGAAUUUGACGACAAGUGUUCACGACAUGAAAUUCAAUCAUGACGCUCAAAUACUUGGAAUCUCCAGUCAUUCUAAAAAAAAUCAAUUAAAAAUGGUCCAUUUACCAUCUCUUAAUGUGUUUCCAAAUUGGCCGAACAAUUUAACGCCUCUUAAUUACAUUCAGUGUUUUGAUUUCUCGCCGGCAAGUGGUUACAUUGCUAUAGGUAACGAUAAGG